UGUGGCCCAGUCGUCUGGAGUUUGGCCUAGGUGGAGCUAUUAAGUCGUCAUAACCGCCGGAAUUCGUUUGAACAGCUUUGUCAAAAGUAUCAGGUUCUUAGAUUAAUACGUAUUAAACAUGUGGAAACUGACGCUCGUAUCAUUGCUCCUUAUUUACGGGAUAGCCAAAUAUUUUGGAUCCACCGGAGAGCCUGAAUUACCGGCUGUACCAAGUGAUCAGUACUGGGGACCAGGACAAGCUCAUGAGAUCGACAAAAGCAUCCGCCCAUUCAAAAUUGACAUUCCAAAAGAGGUUAUUGAUGAUCUAAAAGCACGCCUGAACAGAACUCGAUCCUUAACAAAGCCACUAGAAGGUGCAGCAUGGACUUACGGAGUGAAUAGCGAGUACCUUCAAACGGUACUGGAAUAUUGGAGGAAAAAAUACGACUGGACGGAACGCCAAGCACUCCUGAAUAAAUACCCUCAGUUUAAAACGAAUAUUCAAGGUUUGGACAUCCAUUUUUAUCACGUUAAGCCUACAGUUCCUAAGGAUAGAUCAGUUCGCGUAGUUCCUAUGCUGUUGCUUCAUGGUUGGCCAGGAUCUGUCGUCGAGUUCCAAAAGGCCAUUCCUCUGCUUUCCACGCCACGUCCAGAUCAAGACUUCGUUUUUGAAUUAGUCAUACCGUCACUUCCGGGAUACGGAUUUUCCGACAGUGCGGUUCGUCCGGGAUUAGGCAGUGCUCAGGUGGCGGUGUUGAUGACGAAUUUGAUGAAUCGACUGGGAUUUGAAAAAUUCUACACUCAAGGGGGGGAUUGGGGAAGUCUUAUCACGACGAACAUUGGUAUCCUCCGCUCCAAAAAUGUUCUUGGAGCACACCUGAACUUGUGCAGCUCAAGAACAGCUGCUUCCACUUUGUGGAGCAUUGUCGGAUCCUUCAUCCCAUCACUGAUUGUCAGCAAUGAGCACUGGUCCAAAAUGUAUCCUCUGACUUAUCAUUGGUCACGUCUUGUCGAGGAGAUGGGAUAUCUUCAUAUACAGUCCACCAAACCCGACACUGUCGGCGUUGCACUUAGCGACUCUCCAGCCGGUCUAGCUGCCUACAUUUUGGAGAAGUUCAGCACCUGGACGAAUCCGGAAUACAGAUUUAGUCAAGACGGUAAAUUGCUCGAGAAAUUCACUAUCGACGAGCUUUUGGACAACCUGAUGUUAUACUGGGUGACCAACUCUAUCACGACCAGUAUGCGGUUGUACUCCGAGAGUUUUAACUCUGCUCAACAAAGCUUGAAAUUAGAUUCAGUUUAUCUAGGAGUACCAACAGCUUGUGCCAUUUUCCCCCACGAAAUUUCAUAUCACCCCGAGUCACUGCUGCGAUUGAGAUACUCCGAUUUGGUUCAAGUAAAUUACAUGCCUCGCGGUGGCCACUUUGCCAUUUUCGAGGAACCUCAACUGCUCGCUGAUGAUGUGUGGUCUUUCGUUGGUCUAGUGGAGAAAAAAAAGAAGACUGAAAAACCUGCCACAUCCAGCGAGCUGUAAUCCAUACGUUUAUAAAAAAUACAAUUUAGCACUUAAUGGUAUAUUCCGAAUUAUAUAAAUACAAU